AGGGGGGCGGAGCCCGGCAGAAGAUGGCGUCUCUGCGCUGUAGGCGAGACCCCUGCGGCGUUAUCUGUCUGAUUUUAACUUAUUUCAGCGUGUUUUACGCGGACUACGUGGUCAUACAGUAUGUCCUCAUCCCCGCCUACUCGGACAGUGUUUGGUGUACUCUGCAUGGAUCAGUGUUCAACCUGAUUCUGCUGCUGCUGCUGGCCUGCCACUCCAAAGCUGUCUUCUCAGACCCCGGUAUGGUGCCUCUCCCUGAGACAGCCAUAGACUUCUCAGACCUUCGCUCCCAGUCGUCUCGGAUGAAUGAGAGGGGCUGCGAAGGCUGGACGGUGUGCAGUCGCUGCGAAACCUACAGACCUCCCAGAGCGCAUCACUGCCGUGUCUGUCAGAGGUGUAUACGCCGCAUGGACCAUCACUGUCCCUGGAUCAACAACUGUGUCGGAGAGCUGAACCAGAAGUAUUUUAUCCAGUUUCUCUUUUACACCGGCAUGGCCAGUUUGUACUCCAUGGUGUUGGUGGUGUCGGCCUGGGUGUGGCGGAUAAGGAACGAGCGAGAAGGUGAUGCAGAGAAGGAAGGGGAGGAGACGCCCAGCAAGCACCUGAUAGUCGCUCACUACAUCAUCCUCCUGGUGGAGUCGGUGUUGUUUGGCGUGUUUGUCAUGGUCAUCUUCUACGAUCAGUUGGUCUCCAUAAUCACAGACGAGACUCCCAUCGAGCAGAUGAGGAACAGGCUGAUGAUCAAGGACCGUGGCUCUUCAUCUUCAUCCUCUUCCUCCUCCUCCGCCUCCUCUCAGCUGCCUCACCACCCCACACACACCCGCAAGCCAAAGCUGGCUCUGCUGCGGGAGGUUUUCGGAAGAGGUUCGGUCUUCUGCUGGUUCCUUCCUCUUCACUCCAGCCCUCCGUCAGUCGGCGGCAUCACGUACUCCGCCCUGCCCGACUACGACGUCUGACCGCUGAGCUGUGAGGGCGACAGAGGGCAAGGAAAGGUUUUGCGUGUGUGUGAGAGUGAGUGUGAAUUUUCUGCCUAACUACGAUGUCUUAUCUUUAUCUUUGGACCUGAGUGCUGAAGAGGAAGGAGGAUGAAGGGGGGAAAAAGACUGCGUGUGUGUGUGUGUGUAUUAGAUGAAUGAAUGAAUGUGUGAAGUGUGUGUGACUUAAUCCCCCAGGACCUAAACGUGUUCAGCCUCAGACUCAUGAAUUUCCUUCCUGUCGUGACAGUGGAGCUCCGACAGUCCCCGUUUUGUCCCGAUCUGCCAGUGUUGUUGGCAUUGUUUUGUGGAAGAGUUGGCCCUCUGUGAACACUGGGGUUUGACUGAUGUGGGUUUAUACGCAUUUUUUUUUCAACCCAAAGCUGCUGGUAUUGGAUGUAUUACCCUCAAUGAAAUUUAACGAUUUUCACGGCCAGUAAUUUCAGACAUUCAGGGCCCCCAGGAUGCACUUCCUGUUUGAACCAAAAGCCUCUGAAAUAACAUUCAGGCCAUCACGAGACACCAAAACAGUCCAGUGGAAACUCUAAGAUGCUUAUAAUGAAACACAUUAUGCAAAAAUAUUUCUGCAUAAACACGAGAAUCAGACCUAAAGAGGGUUUCUACGACUUUAAUCAGCAUCGACCUACAUGUCAGUCUAACCCUAGUGCCAUCUUUUGAUUACGGUGUUUUUAAGGGAGCUGUAUUUAUUAUUUCUCUGACGCAAACAAGCAUCAACUUCUCGAACAAAAAACCUCUAAAGGAGGUCAGGUAGGUUUUACCUUUUAUGUUUUAAAAGUUUUAUGUUUUCUUUUAUAUAGAAUCAAAUUCAUUUUCCCGCAGCUUUAAAUCGAUACUGGAUUGUGCACUGAUGUGGAAUUUUAAAACUGGUACCAAUAUCUGAUGUUUUCCCAACUGCAUUAUACUUUUACGCAGGUUCAAAACAGGUUGGAUUUUAACUUUAAAUAUAUGGCCAAAAGUAUGUGGACACCUUUUGACAGCAGUUUCAUCCCAAAACUACUUUUCAGGCUUACCCCCAGUUUUGGGAACGUGCUGCAGGGAUUUGCUCUCAUUCACUGAGGUCCAACAGUAGGGGUGGGAAUCUCUAGGCACCUCACGAUUCGAUUCAAUUCCGAUUCUGAGGGCAAUGAUUCUCGAUUCUAAAACGAUUCUCGAUUCUAAAACAAGCCAAUAAGAAAAGUUACCCUAGAUAUUGAAAAACAUUAUUGUAAUAAAGCUGGGAAUACAUAUCCAGUGCAUACAAACUAUGUUACUUACUGUGGUUGAGAUGAUACACUCCACCAGUCUACUCUGGUCCAUCCUCCUCAUCCACACAUCUCAACGGGACUCUCCUGUCCCUCGUCGACCUCCUCGACAUUUCUCCUCCAGUAUUUACAAAACUAUAACUGACUAUAACUAUCUGUGGACUGUAAAAACACGAACUAUUGCAAAAAAGACAAACGAUGGCAAAGCUACGAACUAUGGUGAAAACACGACAAAAAACACUCAAAAACACGGCAUAAAAAAACUCAAAAGCUCUCAAAAAACCACAAAUACUAUUAUUUACAACACUAAAUAUUAUUUACAAAGAAAACGCCACCCAAACUCGACUAAAUCACUGCUAAAUCACUCCAACUUGCACUCUCCUCGUCAGCUGUCACUCUCCUCCAAUUCCCUCCCCUCCUCCACAGGUAAUGACAUCACUACCAUAAUCGUAUAUCCGCUUCUCAGCUUUCAGAAUCCGUUGGAAUUACGUCGAUAGCGUGGAUGGUCGAGAAGUUACAGUAAUUUGAAAAAUAAAUAUAAAAAUAAAAUUAAAAUCAAUUACGAGUUUUCCGCAUUGAUGCUCGCAUCGUUCAAGACAGAAUCUCGAUGCAUCUAAAAAUCAAUUUUUUUUCCCCCCACCCCUAUCCAACAGUGAGUUGGGCGAUAAGAUCCGGCUCAUCCAAGUUCAUCCCAAAUGGAUGGGGUUAAAGUCAGCGCUCUUCACAGCACCCAGUCAAGUUCUUCCUCACUAAACUGGGAAAACUCUUUAUUUAUGCUGACAUUGUUUGUGGCGACAUUCGUUUGGUCUUCCCCAAACUGUUGCUCCAAAGUUGGAGGCACACUGUUGUGUCGUCCCUUCAUUGUAACUUUCAACGAAUUUCCGCUGCAGGGUUCCGCUUGACUCGACUCACUUUUGGCACAAGGUACUUUUCUCAUUUGUUUUCAUCUGUUAGCAGUACUCCUCAGCGUAGGUGGGACACGACUCAGUCACCAGAAAAAAUGUUGGCAUUGUACGUUUUUGCGAACCAUGGAUACGUUGCAUUUGUAUGUUGCUAUGUAGCUCAUAUGUUAACCACAUGGUUAUGGUUAGGAAAAAGAUCAUGUUUAGUUUGAGAUACCUCGUUUCACUAGGACACUAUCCUGGUUUGAAAAGCAGCGACGUCUCAGUAAAAACCAAAGCUAUGAAACACCCACGUUUUGUGCCUAAAAACCUGCUGGAAACACAGCAAUGACUCCCUAAAUCAUGACCGCAUUUGUUGUGGUCGAACAGCGGUGUGCAGCUUGACAAGCAUCUCGCCUUGGUGACAUACCAUCCGCCCUCCACCUUCAGAUGACUAAGUCAGCUCAUACGCUAUGACAUUUUACAAUCAUUGGCAAGAUACAUAUGAAACAUACAAAUGUAACACUGCCAACAUUUUCUUCAGGUGAAUCUUAGCCAAUCGUCAUAGGGAUUGUGCGUGAAACUGCGGUGUUUAAACUUCACCUUCCAUCACAUCAGCUCACUUGGAACUUUGACCGAGGUGGUACCAAAAAUAUACCAGGUACUGUCUAUUUGCAGAUGGAACCCAAAAAAAGGAUCGUUCCAAGUGGGUCGAGUCGUGUUGCACCAUGCAGUUGAAAUAAGUAGGGCUGCCCCCGAAUAGUCGACCAAACGUUAGUCAAUCAGAACGGUCGUUUGUCGGCAAGAUUUCAUUUGUCGCUUUUCGCAGAAAAAACAAAAAUAAACAAACGUGAAACUCUAUUAGGAGUCAGAAUAAAUCAAAACCUAUAUGACCAUGUGGGACUUUAAUUUGAAAGGACAGACACAGGAAGUGUCCACGCUCAGCAGUCAGACAGGAGUCAGGUUAAUUUCCAGGGCUGGUACCUGCGGUUAUUCCACAGGCUAGUUAAUAACAUGCCGGGCAGGAAAUCUAAAGUGUGGGAUCAUUUUGAGAAGGUGAAGGACGAACCCAAGGUGAUAUGUAAACUCAUCUUCAUUGGUCGACUACAAACAUGACGUAUCAUCUGAAACAUGGAAGUAGCUACAUGCCCAUUAGCCCACAGCGUCAUUAACAGGCGGCUCGCUCAGUGUGUGACGUGCACUUGUAGAUAAAAUAUAGGCCUAUAUUAAUGAAGGUUCAUUAGUACGGUUUUGUAUUUCUCUGUAAUGUAGCACAGUGUUAACAAUGUUACUGAUACUAUUCUUUCUCACACCUCCAACUCAAACCACCAAAAUAUAUCAUUUAAUCAUUACAUUAAUAUCUUAAACAUGCAGGCAACUAGUCGACUAAUGGCCCUAAAUGACGACUAUUGGGCGACUAGGCCAAUUCUUAGUCGGGGGCAGAUCUAUAAAUAGGGCAUAAAAGGCCCUAAACCAAACGUCCACAUACCUUUGGCCACAUAUUAGUAUAGUAAUGGGUUCUCCCCUUUCUACAAACAACAAAAGACACCACAGAUCAGUGUAUUUUCUAUUAUUUAUUGAGCUGAAAAUAUCAAGUAUACCAUAAACAACUCACGUUUUUGAACACUUAUAUUAUCCACUAAUAUUUUAUUUCUAUCUACCUGUCCUCCAUCACACCCGUGAGUUAAUACCAUCAAGCAGGUAUAACAGAAACCACUAAGAUGUGUGUAUGUGAUGCCUCGGGGGUUCGUAAGCAAACAGGAAACUGAGAAUGUUCACAAAGAGAUUCCAUUUUUAUGUUGGUUUUUUCCUCAUUCCUGUGUUUGUUUUUUUUGAAGUACAAAAAAGUUUGACGUGCUAACUCACUAAACUGUGUUACGGUUACAGAUUUACACUACUACUACUACCACAACACACACACAUACACGCACACAGGGUGUGAUUUGAGAUUUUAAAAGGGGGAAUGCUGGGAAGAAAAAGACACAAGCAUUGUUUACUGUCAUGCUACCCUUUUAAGUCAUUAUAUUUGUAAUGUCAGAGAUGAAAGUAAUAUUUUGUGUCAUUCGUUCCCCAUCAAAUCACCCCGACACACACACACACACACACACACUCAGAGUACACUCAGUAUUCUGCUAAAUCUCAGUGAAGGGACGUUCUUAACUUAUUUAUUGUUUCUAACUAUUCCGUGGAGUUAACUCUACCAAUAACUGUGUAUUUUUAUGUGACGGGUGAAGUUGCCUUUCCGUGUUGAUUUGCUGCUGUUGUACGAACAACGAUGAAGUGUGAAGGGGUGAGACUAAAUAGACUGAAGGUAACCCACAGCUACUUCUACCCACACUUCUUCAUCUCGUUUGUCGCUCUUUAAGCAGAGAGACGACACAUCUUCAGCUUCUCGGAUGUGGAGAUUUUAUGUUUUUCUUCCUCAUAUAUGAAACUAAACUAUUGACUGUGUAAAAGAAGCAGACAUAGUGGCGUCCAGGUCCGAGAAGCGAAGCCGGUGCAGAAGUGCCUUAAACCUGCAUUCUUUCUAAUGACCAGCAGGGGGCGACUCCACUGCUGCAAAAAGAAGCCAUAUCAUGUAGAAGUCUACAAGAACAUGACCCUGUUUCUCACUUGAUUUAAAACCCUGAUUGUGUAAUAAUUGUGAUGCACUGAUUGGCAAAUCCUUUUCAACCUAUAUGCAACUGAAUACAGUCCAAAGACAAGAUGAUUGGGUAUGAAAGGGACAACCUCAGAAGGCGUACAAGCAAGGGUGACGUGAUGUUCACCACUUCCUGAUAAAAUGUGCGGGCAAGUAGUCCCAAAGUUUAAGAGUAUUUCUCAAUGCACAGUUGCAAGAAUUGAUGGAUUUCACCAUCUUCUAAUAUCUUCAAACGAUCCACAGAAUCCGCAGAUAUCUGCACGUAAGGGGCAAUAUUGAAUGCCUGUGACCUUUAACCCCUCAGGCUGCACUCUCUGAAAACCAACAUGAUUGCAUAAAGCAGUGUUUCCCAACUGGUGGGUCAUGAUCCAAAAGUGGGUCGCGGAUCCAUUCUGAAUGGAACGCAAGUGACUCACAAACGUGUCAAGCUUGUGAAAAACACGCUUAUUUUUAAGUACAGUGAAUUUCCAGCACAGAGGUUUUCUUUUGAAGUGCAAUUUCCUGCUGUAGAGCAAGUGACUAAUGGACAGCUACUUGACAGAGACAGCAAACUAGCUCAAAGACAUGGCCAAAUGCAAGUAUGAUGCUACUUUUAAGAAUGUAUUUAACUAUGUGGACCUUGAACUAAUGACUAAGGAGAAAUCUGGACCACUGGUAGAAAGGACAUUACUACAUGGGCUAGGAAACACUUUGGAAAACCACUGUCGGUAACAGUUUGUCGCCACAUCUACAAAUGCAAGUUCAGACUCUACCAAGCAGAGUGAGAGCCAGAUAUCAACAACGCUGACUUCUCUGCAUCUGAGCUCAUCUGAGAUGGACUGACACAAAGUGGAAAAGUGUGCUGUGGUCUGACGAGUCCAUCAUGGACGUCAUGUCCUCUGAGCUUUAGAGGAAACGGACCGUCCAGAUUGUUACCAGCUCAAAGCUCAAAGCCAGCAUCUGUGAUGGUAUGGAGAUGUGAAGUUUACCCAUGGCAUCAUGGGCAAACUUCACAUCUGUGAAGGCUCCAUGAAUGCUGAAGGUACAUGUUUUGGAGCAACAUAUGCUGCCAUCCAGAUGACGUCCCUGCUUAUUCCAGCAAGACAAUGAUACACAUUCUGCACGUGUUACAACAGCGUGGCUUCGUUGUAAAAGAGUGCAGGUACUAGACUGACCCGGGAAACCCCGGACUGUUUCGCAACUUCAGUCGUAUAUCAAGCAAGAAUGGGGAAAAAAAAUAACUUUAAAAACUUAAACAGCUAAUGUCCUCACUUCCCAAACACUUACUGAGUGUUGUGAAAAGGAUAGGUGAUGUCACACAGCGGUAAACAUGCACCUGACCCAACUCUUUUGGAACGUGUUGCAGGCAUCAAAUUCAGAAUGAGUGUAUAUUACAAAAAACAAAGUUUGGUACAGGUCAAAAAGGAUUCGCGAUUCAUUGCAUUCUGUUUAUCAGCAUUACGCAGCGCCGCAACUUGUUUUGGAUUUGGGGUUGUGUUACCUCAGUAAACAUUUUUCUAAUGAGUUUAUGGUCUCAGUCGCUGGUUUCAAGUCCAUUUAGAGUAAAAUAGACAAUAAAGCAGGGUGUGCUUUGGGGCGUGGCUACCUUGUGAUUGACAGUUGCGAAUUGUAGCAAUGCAUAUCCUCCACAGCUCCGCCCUCUUGUCCAAAUAUAGUCACUUCUGGCUCCAAAAAACAAGAUCACGACUGCCAAAAUGCUGAACUCGAGGCUUCAGAACGGAAGUCGACAACCCAGUGGGUGACAGCACAGUGGCUGUGUCCACUUCUUUUAUACAGUUUUUGUACUAUACUCAAUACACUAUACUCUAAUGGAAUAAUUGUUGGUUGCAGCCUUAUUUUCAAGUGUACGCCAUCCUUUAGAAAUGGAAAACUAGAAUUGUCUUCUUUGGCAUUAAAAGACGUUGCAAAAAUGGCAUUUAAAUCCUUGAUUUGCCCUCAAACUUCAGUCAAAAGAUCUGGUGCUAAUAUUUUGGAAUGGCAACGGCCAGUUUUUAGGUUUUGCCAGUGUUGUUACAGUUACGUCUUCACAUGGAAAACUGCUCGUAUUUUAUCAUGUAUGAUCGUGAAACACUCACACUGAGGUGGUUUUUCAUGGUCUGGAUAUAAAUUGAAAAGAGGCAAAGGCAACUUCACCCCUACACGUGUUUUUAUGUAUGUGUAUAUAUAGUUAUCCUGUGUUUGACCUGGGCUGAACAUUAUGACGUGCUUCAGUGGAUUUAAUGAACCCUCCGUUUUAACAGAGUAUUGACAAACGAUCUUCACGUGUUACAGAACGAGAACUGCCAGUUGGGAGAGGAUGUUUCCUCUGAAAAGCCCUCUUUCUUGAAUUAUGUGACUUUAAAUCACCCGGAGUGAGCUGCCUUUUUUAUUAUACGAUCACAUGUUUCAAGAAAUUCAAGUUACUGAAAUGUCCUGACUCUUUAUCAAACUAGCAACCUUGGAGAGACGUUAGCGGUGGUUAUGAGAGGCGUGCGGCGUUUACAAAGGGUUUGUAAGGCUGCGUUCACACUGCAAGCGUGCUGUUGUGUUUUGUACAUCAGGCCCUGGUGGUGCUGUGUUACAGGGUUUUUUGUACAGUGAUCAGACCAAACAUGUAUUUUCAUUGCUUUGUUUGAUGGGUUUACUAAAUACAAAAAUUCAACAUAUGUAUGAUUUAGGGUUAUAUGACCAGUGGGGCUUCAGUACAGUUUUUAAUUAGCCUUGAUAAUAAACAGCCCCUUUCAUGGCACUAUCCUGGCUGGAAAUGCAGCGGUGUCUUGGUUUAAAACAACCGAUUGUCUUGGCACUAUCCCAGCAGAGACGGGUCGUGAAAAAACACACAUGUUUGUUGGCCUCAAAGCUGCUGGAAGACGCAGCAAUGACUCACUAAAAACCAACCGUUUUGGUUGUUUGUUGGUCUUGAACAGUGGUCUGCAGCUUGGCAGGCGUCUUGCCAAGGCAUCAUGCCGUCUACCAUCCCGUCCACCCCGUAGUAACAAGGUCUGCUCAUAGACUACAUCAUUUAUUACUUCACUAAAUUUAGGCGGGGAAAAAAGUGGAUCGGUGUCGGUUAUCAACCAAAAAGUUGUUCAGCAUAUUGGAUAUCUGCAAAAAAUCCAAUGUCGUGCACCCCUAGUUUGCAGAAUCCUGCAGUGCCACCAUUUUCUUCUAGUGUCUGGACCGACUUAUUUGCUUUCUUGCUGAGAGUUAGAUAAGAAGAUUGAUACCACAGAAGCUACAACCAGCAGCCAGUUAGCUUAGCUUAGCAUAAAGACUGGAAACGGGAGGUUAGACCCCAUAAGACUCUGUACGGAUUAAACAAAUAAGAUAUAACAUGUUAAUUAAUGAGCUUUAGAUGGGUUUUGUCACCUUUGGACAAAGCUAGGCUAGUUUCCAGUCUUUGUGCUAAGCUAAGCUAACCAUUCCCCUGGCUCUAGCUGUGGUAUGCAUCUUCUCAUCUAACCCUUGGCAAAAAAGUAAAGAGGUGUGUUUCUUAAAAUUACGAAUUAUAGAUUGAAGUUCUCCCCGAUUUCCUAUUCAGCUCAAGCUCAGCGAUAACAAGUUGGAAAACGACAAAAAAAACAAUGGAUGCUACCAUUCUAACAGUUUCCUUUCAUCCUUCAAACAAAAGCAAUAGAGAACUGAGAGGCUUUGUUUGGCUCAACUUCUUCGUCCAUUAGCACCUUUCAGAGAACCAAAAUCACAUUGGCAGUGAUGCCAGGAAGUGCAGAUCCCUUAUCUUUUACUUUGUUAAUCUGAGACUACCAGUGACGUAGUUUAUCAUCUGUUUCCAAGUGAUUUUGUUUCGUUAGCUCAGGGUGUGAACGCAUGUUUUCAAACCCCAUCAUGGCGACAAAGCAGCCGCCCUCCAAGCUAAAAGAUGCCUUAUUUCUGUUGGUGUUUGUAGUGUUUGACUGCAGGAGGGGGUGCAAAAUUUUCCUGAAUGUUUCUCGUAGCCACUGGUAACCGCUCUCCAACACCUCUCGACGGGCAGGUAUCACUUAACGCCCUGACACACCAAGCUGACAGUCGGACGUCGUCAAAGUUGGGCUGUUGGUGAGCGUCUGCCACGCUUGUCACGCACCGUUGGCCCUCAUGGGCGCUAGUUGGCCUUUUAUCCGCUGAUUCAGCAUGUCGGAUCGGCGUGGUGAAAGUAGAGCCAGCCGGCAAAUGAAAUUACUCUGAUUGGCAGAGUGGCAAGUGACAAAUGUAAACAAAAAGCUAAAGUCAAACGGGAGUGAGGUCAAAAUGUACUUGUUACAGAAGGUAAGAUUAUUUUUGUUAAGCCAUUGAGUUCUUUGGCAGGAACAUUUCAUGAUGGUUUGUCAUUGUUCACUGGCGCACGGUAAAUAUUCUUCGUUCUUUCAACCCUUGAUAAUGUUAUUAACGUGCUAACUGGCUAACUAGCGUCAAGACGUUCUUCCGGUUUCCCUUUUUGAAUGACGAUUACAGAAGGCUGCCAUCUUCUGGUAUGGAGGGGCAUGUCCUCUCACAUAGGUGCAAAACACGUGCUUGUUGGCCGUCAGUUUGGUGUGUCCAUGUGCAACUUUUUUUUGCUGAGACAGCGACAUGAGAUGACGUAGCAGGGGGCUCUUGUCGCCCGCGGUCGGUUUGGUGUGUCUGGGCAUUUACAGUGCGUCCUCGCCCAGGUUUGGUUUCCGUUAGCUGUACAUAGGAAGGUCCGUAUUUUAUAUCUCGAUGAUGUGCAAUUCUCAUGAAGGGAAAGUUACUGAAACUUUUUAUGUUUGUUUUCUAUGGCGAUCUGGGUAAAACAAAGGUUUGAAAUGUUUUUGUGAGGUGCACGAGGUCAAGUCUUAAUUUCUCUUUGAAUUUAACAUCAAAAUGUGCUUCUCUUGCCUUUUCUGUAAAAUGUUAGUAAUUUACAGUCCCACAGUCACUCUUAAAUCAAGCACACCUCACCUUUGUCCAACACCCUAAAAACAUUUCAAACUGUUUUUUGUCCAGGUGUGUGUUAACUAUCAGGGUACUGGCUUGCUUGUUUGACUCUGUUGAAAAAUGCAGUUGAUCUGUUUUUUUGUUUGUUUCUUUUGUAUCAGUGUUGCUCAACAGGGUGCGCUUGUUUUGGCUCAUCCACUUUGGCGCCUCCGUACCACUGGUUCCAUCAUUUAAAAUCCCACUCACACUUGCCAGCUGUCGGAGGAAACAAAACAAGCGCACCCUAUUUUUGCUGUUUUACUUGACAGCGGGAAGGAAUGUGUGUACAAACAAAGAGGGCCUGAAAUUAACACUCAGCCACCAGCCAAACAUUUAUCAGUCAGAUCAGCUGGCCUGCUUGGCAAUUCAAAAACCUGGAACUUUAUUGACUUCUAUGGCAGAACAACAGACAGUGCAUCAAUGCUUUCCCCUUGACCUACAGUGGCUUGUAAUUGUUGCAAAGCCGUUUUAUCAUAAUUUUGAAAAGCUGUUUGCUAAUCAAACAAACAUCAACCAAAGACGUAAAAUACAACCUUCUGAAAUACUGUUUUAAAUUUUAAACCAGUAAAACGUAGAGAAAGUUUAUCUCAGGUCAGUAAAGGAUUGUUUUGCCUGGACUUAGCCUUCAGCUGGUAAAACUCUAUUUGUUGGCUGGUUGGCCCAAAAAAAGUUAGUUUCACGCCCUGCGAACAAAACCAACAAAGAGUUUAAUAUCAUGUGGCUUCAUGAUGAACAAGUUUACAACCGACUGAUGUUUUAUUUAUUGUUACUAUCUUGAAAACCGUGACCUGUGUAUUAUUCCUAAUGACAUGCUGCUCUGCUGGUUCAACUGGAAGUAAAACAGAUGUCUUUUAAA